AUGCACGUCUUCUCCAACACCAUCUCCCUCCUACUCCCCCUGCUGCUGCUCGGCGGCAGCCAGGAAGCCCACGCUUCGCCGGCAGCGCUAGACAAGCGCCAGACCACGGGGCAGUACUGUAACCCGGAAUCGCAGAUUUGUUAUCUGGAGUACUCGUGGGGCCCGACGGUACCCGUGUUCCGCAUCGCCGUGCCCGACACGGCGUCGUCCAACACACCGUUCGACACGCUCCUGCAGAUCGUCGCACCGGCAUCGCUUGGCUGGGUCGGCUUUAGUUGGGGCGGCGGCAUGACGCUCAACCCGCUGGCGGUGGUGUGGCCGAACGGUCAGAGCGCGACCGUUUCCUCGCGGUGGUCGACCGGCCGCACCCUCCCCGACCUCUACCCCUCAGCAACGUACCACACCGUCUCGGCCUCGCGCAACAGCACGCACUGGACGGUCGAGGCAGUGUGCAAGGGCUGCAGCCAGUGGAGCGGGGGCGGGCUGAGCGCGACGGGGACCAACACGUUCGCGUGGGCGGUCAGCAAGACGGCAGUGGCGCAGCCCGCUAACAGCGCGAGCAGCUUCCAGAUCCAUAACAACGUCGGGAUGUUCUCGGAGGGGCUGGAGGAGGGGAAGGUGCCGGCGGCGGUGUUUGAGGAGUAUGUCAAGGGGGCGAAAUAG